AUGGCCGCAGUUCAAGGUGCUAUCUCCAAGCGCAGAAAGUUCGUCGCCGACGGUGUCUUCUAUGCCGAGCUGAACGAGUUCUUCCAGCGCGAGCUGGCCGAGGAGGGCUACUCCGGUGUUGAGGUCCGCGUGACUCCCACCGUCACCGACAUCAUUGUCCGUGCCACCCACACCCAGGAGGUUCUCGGUGAGCAGGGUCGCCGCAUUCGCGAGCUCACCUCCCUCAUCCAGAAGCGUUUCAAGUUCCCCGAGAACUCCGUUUCCCUCUACGCCGCCAAGGUCCAGAACCGCGGUCUCUCCGCUGUCGCUCAGUGCGAGUCCCUCCGCUACAAGCUCCUGAACGGUCUUGCCGUUCGUCGUGCCUGUUACGGUGUCCUCCGUUUCAUCAUGGAGUCCGGUGCUAAGGGUUGCGAGGUUGUUGUGUCCGGAAAGCUCCGUGCCGCCCGUGCCAAGUCCAUGAAGUUCACUGACGGUUUCAUGAUCCACUCCGGUCAGCCCGCCAAGGAGUUCAUCGACUCCGCCACCCGUCACGUUCUCCUCCGCCAGGGUGUUCUCGGAAUCAAGGUCAAGAUCAUGCGUGGCUCUGACCCCGAGGGCAAGGCCGGCCCCCAGAAGACUCUCCCCGACUCCGUUACCAUCAUCGAGCCCAAGGAGGAGCAGCCCGUUCUCCAGCCCGUUUCCCAGGACUACGGUGCCAAGGCCAUCGCUGCCCAGCAGGCUGCUGAGCAGCAGCGUCUUGCUGAGCAGCAGGCCGCUGAGGCUGAGGGUCCCGCUGAGACUUUUGCUCAGGAGUAA